CACAGAGACGCAGCUGAGCUUGAAGUAGCAGGAAGUGAACAGAUCUGCUCAGAUCCCAUGCUUCCCACAUAGCAUUGCAAGAGGAAAGUCCCUAUGACAGACGUUGAGCUUUGAGAAGGACAGAGGAGUUGCCAGCAGUAGUUAGUAGACAGCACUGCAAGCAUCUAAAUAAGGUUUGACACUUGCAUAAAGCCACAAUGAGGCAUUUCUUUUGGCUUCUCUUUCUUCAAGGUUUCCUGUGUCAUUUCCGAGACCCAUUGAUCAUAAGCCAGAGGUCUCUGCAAUCCUGGAAAGGAUCGUGUGUGUUGAUUCCAUGCACGAUCAGCAGAACGUAUAAAUCUCAAAAGCUCAUAGACUUGUCCCUAGUUUGGUAUUUUGAGCCAACUUAUGAUAAUAAAGACUUGAAAGACUUUAUCGGAACCAUGUUGCACAAGAGCAAUAUGACCUCCAAUAACAGAACCACCCCAAUUACCCCUCACUUUCAGCAUCGUAUUCAAUUUGUAGGGGAUUUAAAUGAAAGAAAUUGCAGCUUGAAGAUCUCCCAACUGCAGAAAAAUGACACUGGCAGAUAUGGGGCACGGCUUUAUGGUACAGCUGCAGACCUGAAAUAUAAGUGGUUUCUACAUGCUACUGUUACAGUUGAAGAGUCACCUCCACUACCCAAGAUGGAAACUUUCAUUCACAGAUCCUAUUUCCAAAGGACCCAAGUCUUUGAAGAACAGAAGAAAGCUAAAGUGGACUGCUCAGUGACUUACCAUUGCCUUGACCAGCCACUGCAGCUGACCUUCCAAGGCUUAGAAGAGGAUCAUUUGGCUUCACAAAAAAUGACAUUUCAAAACAGAAUGAUAAAGACUGUUCUUGUCUUUGUGCCAACUUGGGAGGACCACGGGAAAACACUGAAGUGCUCCCUGAACAACCAGGAUGGGUCAGAGGUAUCCCAGGGAAGCAUGCCACUGAAUGUGAAACAUGCCCCGAAAGGAGUUAAGUUGAAAGCUACUCCUGGGAUGACAGUCCAAGAAGGAAUGAAACUCUCAUUAGAGUGCAUAUUCAACAGCAGUUACCCAGCUGUUUAUGAACACAAUUGGUAUAAGGACCAUCAGCCGAUACAAUAUUACUCAAAUAAAAUUGAAUUCAACCCUGUGAGUCGUCAGCAUUCUGGUAGUUAUAAAUGUCAACCUGUAAAUGGAAUUGGAAGCAGCCAGUCAGAAGAACUGGACAUUGAUGUGCAAUAUCCACCCGAGAAUACUGAAGUUCAGCAGGUGCCCCGGUGGAAGAUAACGGAAGGGAACAGUGUCACUUUGCGAUGCUUUUCUCAAGGAAAUCCACCUAUUCAGAAUUACACGUGGUAUAAAGACAAUGAGCUGCUAUUUAUAAAACAGAAGGAGGUGCUAUUUUCUUAUAUCAAAGCCAGCAAUUCCGGCACCUACUAUUGUGAAGCCCAGAACCUCAUUGGCACAUCAAAAUCUACACCUGUCACACUGGAUGUUCAUUUUGCCCCCAAUGGAGUCAAAAUUGUGCAAGAGCCAGAGGGGUUAAUCAAUGAAGGCUCCAUUGUUCGGCUGAAAUGUGAAGUGGGGGCAGCAAACCCUGAUCAACUCACCUACUCCUGGUACAAAGAUCAGACACAGGUGGUCUCUACAGAGGAUGUGCUGAACAUCCAAGAAGUGACUCCAAACAAUUCUGGCAACUACCAUUGUGAAGCCAAAAACACAGUGGGCAAUUCACGCUCUUCAACCUUCAAGCUGAUUGUGCCAUCUUCCCAGGCCACCUCUGGGCCUAGACCCACAGCACAGGAGGAACACCCACAAGUGCCUCCACUACCACACUGUAGGUGUGCUUCUCCUCAGUCUGAACCGCAGCCUCCGACUCAGCCUCCCCUUUCGUCAGAUUCCCACCCACUCUGUGCUGCUGGAGUUCUGCGGGAAUAUCUGCCUUCCCUUGAGAAAUUUCAGGCCCAGGCCCUACGGGACCAACAUCUGAUUCUUAGCGGCUUCAAAGAAUUACUCUCUGAAGUUGUCAAGCUCACCGACCAGCUUCUGAGAGCAAAGCAAGAAAGAUCAGAGCCCUGAAACAAAGCCUGGUUUUGUGGGAGAGCAGGACUCAGAAGAACCCAUAGAGGAUGACAGCGAAGCAGGAUUUGAACUCCUUUCGCACCACUUUGAUUCUUCUGCCUUUCUAUCCAUUCUUGUUUCAAAUGUUAUCUUGCGUUCACAUCCCUUCUCCUUUAAAAUAAUUCUUCUUUGCUAAAAUGUGAUUAAAGAG